GCGAAUCCGACGGUUAAGGAUCCGUGAACUCCCAAAGCUCGUGAUCCGUACCGCAUCAGUUUCUUCCUUCACCGAAAUUGUUGCGAUCCGAAAGGAAAACACUCAAUAAAAGAAGAGAUUUUCAAGAAAUGACAACUGUGAACGAAGAUAAUCCCGAGUCAUUCAGACUUCUAAUGGAAGAACCAACAGAACGCCCAUCAGCUUCAUUUUCAUAUUCAAAUUGGGUUUCUAACAUCAAGAAAUCUACACAAGACGCUUAUGAAUCAAAGCCCAUUUCACAUUGGAUUCUAUUGCUUCUUAGUGGAGUUUCAAUGCUCACAGCUUUCCCAGCUUCUAGUCUACUCUCACGUCUUUACUUCUCAAACGGUGGUCAAAGCAAAUGGAUCAUCUCUUGGGUUGCUGUUGCUGGAUGGCCAAUCACUUGUCUCAUCUUACUUCCUACAUACAUCUUUCGAAAGACCAAACCAACACCUCUCAACACAAAGCUUGUUCUCUCUUACAUCGUCCUCGGUUUCUUGAGUGCUGCAGAUAACCUUAUGUAUGCCUAUGCCUACGCCUACCUCCCUGCAUCAACUUCUUCUCUUCUGGCGUCUUCUUCUCUUGCGUUCUCUGCUUUGUUUGGAUAUCUCAUUGUGAAGAACCCCAUGAACGCUUCUGUUAUCAACUCCAUUGUGAUAAUCACUGGUGCUAUGGCUAUUAUAGCCCUGGAUUCAAGCUCUGAUAGGUAUGAUUACGUAAGCAACAGACAAUACUUUUUAGGUUUCUUUUGGGACAUCAUGGGCUCUGCGCUUCACGGGCUCAUUUUUGCCUUAUCAGAGCUUGUUUUCGUGAAACUGCUUGGAAGAAGGUUCUUCCACGUUGCUUUGGAGCAGCAAGUGAUGGUUUCGUUAGUAGCUUUUGCGUUUACAACUCUUGGGAUGGUUGUGAGUAAAGACUUCCAAGGGAUGGCUCAUGAGGCUAAGAGUUUCAAAGGCGGGGAGUCUCAGUACAUUCAGGUUCUUGUCUGGAGCGCGGUCACGUUUCAGUUGGGUGUUCUUGGGGCGACCGCUGUCUUGUUUCUGGCAUCCACUGUCAUGGCAGGAGUGCUUAACGCUGUGAGAGUGCCCAUCACGAGCAUAGCUGCUGUUAUAUUGUUGCAUGAUCCGAUGAGCGGGUUUAAGAUUCUGUCUUUGAUCUUGACGUUUUGGGGAUUCAGCUCUUACAUCUACGGGAGCUCAAGCCCACCGCCAAGUAGUCAAGCUUCCUCUUCUCCCUAGUUUGCAGGGUUUUAUUUCCCUCUGUUUCUAUUCCUUGGAAACGGGAUAUGUAAGUCAUUAUUCCUUGCUUGUGAUAUAUGAUUUAUUGCGGCUACGAAAGUUGUAUAAGUAGCUGGGUCUCUUCGUGGAACAAGUUUUUCUUUUUGUGUAAAACAAACAAACCCAUAUAGACCGAUACGCAUGAAGAAAGCAUGGGAACAUAGCAAGACGGAAAAGAAGUUUUUGCAGACAUUCAAGAUUCUUGGGUUCACCCCUUA